GUUCUUGAGCUUCAGGCAAAGGUAACCCAUAAGUGCUUCUUUGAUGUAGAAAUUGGUGGUGAGCUUCUUGGCAGGAUUGUAAUUGGUCUCUUUGGGGAUGUUGUUCCUAAAACAGUCGAGAAUUUCCGUUCCCUAUGCACUGGAAGGUUUGGGAAUCUAGAGGGGAUGAUGAAGUGGAUGUUGGAGUUUCAAACUAAAGCGGCUUUGCUAGAAGCAAGAGAGAAUCAGGAAAAUGGCAUGCCAAGGGAAGACGGAGAGGUGAAAAUUUUAGGAGAUGAGGAAGGAAUACCCCGCCUUAAGCCUCUACCGAGAAGGGGGAUGGAUAGUGAAUAUGGAGGUAGGAGGAAAUGGGGAGUAGAGAACAGACGGGCUGAAGUUAAAGGAAGAGAGGGAUAUGAAAGGAGAAGGGAGGAGAGGGAACCAUGGAAAGACCCCGGUGCUCACUUCAUGGGAGGCAUGGGGGCAGAAAGGGAAAUUGGGGUGGGGGAGAUCCGAAGGUUAGGAAGAUAA